AACAGUUCUUUACUUGGGCGGUUGAAUCUUUCUAUUCCGUACAUACUCGUUCCUGAGCUUUUUGAAAUAAAUAAAGCGGGUAUAGUCUUUGGAACAAUAAUUAGCAUCUUUAUUACAUUAGCUAAAACUUAUUUGUUCUUGUUCAUUUCUAUCACAACAAGAUGGACUUUACCGAGGCUGAGAAUGGACCAACUAUUAAAUCUUGGAUGGAAAUUUCUUUUACCUAUUUCUCUAGGUAAUCUAUUAUUAACAACUUCUUCCCAACUUAUGUCACUGUAAAGGAAUACGAUAUUCACGACUUGUCUCAAACAAGAGAAAGAAACAGGCAUAAAAUUUUUUAUAGAUGUUCGCAAUAUGUUCCCUAUGGUAAUUGGGUUCAUGAAUUAUAGUCAACAAACAAUACGGGCUGCAAGAUACAUUGGUCAAAGUUUCAUGAUUACCUUAUCCCAUGCGAAUCGUUUACCCGUAACUAUUCAAUACUCCUAUGAAAAAUUAAUCACAUCGGAGCGUUUCCGCGGCCGAAUCCACUUUGAAUUUGAUAAAUGCAUUGCUUGUGAAAUAUGUGUUCGCGUAUGUCCUAUAGAUCUACCUGUUGUUGAUUGGAAAUUGGAAACGGAUAUUCGAAAGAAACGAUUGCUUAAUUACAGUAUUGAUUUCGGAAUCUGUAUAUUUUGUGGUAAUUGCGUUGAGUAUUGUCCAACAAAUUGUUUAUCGAUGACUGAAGAAUAUGAACUUUCUACGUAUGAUCGUCACGAAUUAAAUUAUAAUCAAAUUGCUUUGGGUCGUUUACCAAUAUCGGUAAUUGACGAUUCCACGGUUCGAACAAUUUGGAAUUCGCCUCAAAUAAAAAAUGACUAAACCCCUUGAUUCAAGAGCAAUUCCCAAUUACUAAGGUUAAGUUUUGAUCUAAACGAAUACGGUUUUUGUUUGGUCAAUAACUAAAAAUCCAAACUAUUGAUUAGUUGGUGAGAACCGCGGCUCAAUUUGGAUAGAAAAUCUAUUUCUAUAUUUUAUUCCAUAUUCGUAAUGAUUUCAAAAUAUAUAGUUUCAAACUAUCCUUUCAGAUAAAGAAUGAGAUUUCUGUACCUAAUACGCACUCAUUAAGAUUGAAUUCAAUUAACAAUUAAGAAAUCUCAUAAAAAAAUAUAGAGUCACCUUUUUCCUGGUCAGGUCAAUAAAGUCAUGAAAUAUUUCGAUUUAUUUAUUUCUUAUUUUACAUAGAAUGGAUUUACCUGGACCAAUACAUGAUUUUCUUUUAGUUUUUCUGGGAUUGGGUAUUAUAUUGGGAGGUCUGGGAGUAGUAUUACUUAACAAUACAAUUUUUUCCGCCUUUCAUUGGGAUUGGUUCUUGUUUGUAUCUCCCUAUUCUAUAUUCUAUCUAAUUCCCAUUUUGUAGCCGCUGCGCAACUUCUUAUUUACGUAGGAGCUAUAAAUAUUUUAAUCAUAUUUGC